AUGGCUGUGGCUCCGUCCUUAUCGUGGCUCUCCCUCGUCUCCUCGCUCUGGACGGCAUGGGCGUGGUGGUCGUUGCCUCUGAUGCUCGCGACGGCGGCACCAACGAUGGCAGCGGACCGGCAAGGAGAGCUCUGCCCGACCAUGCUAUGCGGCAGCGUGAACAUAUCCUUCCCGUUCGGGAUCGUCGCCGACCACGCAACGGAUACCAACUGCUUGGUGAUCGGGUUCCAGGUUCGCUGCUCUAACAACAUCCCAUACUUCGGGUUGAGUGCAUAUUCGCCCCGGAUUCUCGACAUCUUCUACGACAACUCCUCCUUGCUCAUCGCCGAUGUCCACAUGCUUGACGACUUCCAUAGCUCCGCCACCAAGCCCUGCCACUCCCCGACGAACAACAGCUCCUCCAAGGUCGCCCCCUCGUUCUCGAUCAGCCCAGUUAACCAGAACAUGAUCUUCUACGACUGCGUGGAGCCGCCGGCGCCGGCGGUGCGCAAGAGUCGUGGGCUCGUGGACACGACGUGCGGGAACAGGACUCUGGUUGGCGUCACCAAGGGUCCCGACGUGCCUGGCAGCUACUUCUUGGAGGGCUGCAGCGCUGCCGUCGCGCCGAUGCUUGCGAGGCCCGGUGAGGUGAACCCAGCAAACUACAUGGAGUUCAUCAGUGGCGGAUUCCUCUUGACAUGGCAACUGCCGCCGUCGCCAUCACCGGUUGGUAAGUUCGCAAUUGGAAUCAAGAACAUAGAGAGAAUUGCAUUCAUUGGGUACUGGUCUAAAAAUUGUGGAACACACCACAACUCCACAAGAACAUGA